UGCGACGCAGACAGGAGAUUGUGAGAAGGCAAUGGUGUCUGAACGAUAACUGAAAGUAUUUGAAAUUUGGAGCCUUCGGGAUGGUGAAGACAAGGAAUAGUAUAGGAGUAACAGAAGAGCCUCCUGAUACAUUCUUGUCUCUCAGUAGGGAUCGGGCGAAUAAACCUCAGCAAUCCGUAAAUUAUGAAUCACAUAGUGAUGAAAGCGACGAAGUUCAAAUUGCAGAUCUUGACCAUAGACAAAAAGCCCAAUCUCCUACCCUGAGAAGAAGUAGACACAGGAGGUACAAAGAGGAAGAUGAAAGCAAUGAUGAUGAAAUAGAUGCGGUUAGUUAUGGAAGGGCUAGAAGGAGAUCAUGGAAAUAUAGCCGAAAUAACAAUGCAGCAGAUGGAGAUGUUAGAAGAAGUAGCAGACAAAGAAAAAUGAUUUAUGGCACAUUUGACCAGAAAAUUUUAGAAAAAGCAUUGUAUAUGAAUGGAGAUGAUAUGCAGCCAGGCAGAAAAAGAAAGAGAAAUGAAGUUGAGCUGGUUGAUGUUGAGAAAAGUGAGGAUAUGUACAGUCGUGUUAAAAGGCCAAGAAAAGUAAUCAAAAGAGAUAUGUAUGGUAUUCCCAUUCCUGAUGACACCAGUGAUGAGAACAAAGAUGAUGAGGAUGAUGAUGAUGAUGACUCAAGUAGUGAUGAUGACGAAGAAGAUGAUGACGACAAUGAUGAAGAGGAAGAAGAGAAAAAAGAAAGAAGCUCAUAUAACCUCAGGGAACACAAACCAAGAACUCAACUUUUUGAAGUACCAGUUGUUGAAAGGAGGAAAAGAGUACAAAAGUUGUUUAGGGAAACUCCCCCAUUGCCUCCAAAAAGAAGACAAAAAUCUCAUGUAUACCAAUCACCUGCUCACAGAAAAUUGGAAAUAAGAAGAAAAGCACAAUUUCAUGGUAGUGAUACUACAUCAUCAUCGUCCUGCAGUGAAUCAGAUGAUGAGGAAAGAUUUAAAAGAAGAAAGGCAAAGAGUAUGGCAAGAGCUAGAAAUAGGUGCUUACCAAUGAAUAUCAGUGCUGAGAAUUUGAAAAACUCAAAUGUCAUCAAAGAUAGAGUAAAAAUUGGUUCCAGUUUGGCUGAUGUUGAUCCUAUGAAUGUUGACAGAACUGUUAACUUUAACAGCGUUGGUGGAUUGGGGAAACAUGUGAGAGCAUUGAAAGAAAUGAUUGUUUUUCCUCUCCUAUAUCCCGAAGUUUUUGAAAGAUUCAAGUUGGCACCACCAAGAGGAGUGCUCUUUUACGGACCUCCAGGAACUGGAAAAACAUUAGUUGCUAGGGCAUUAGCUAAUGAAUGCAGUACAGGAAAUAGAAGAGUGGGAUUUUUCAUGAGGAAAGGAGCAGAUUGUCUCAGUAAAUGGGUUGGUGAAUCAGAAAGGCAGCUGAGAUUGUUAUUUGAUCAGGCUUACCAGAUGAGGCCAUCAAUUAUUUUCUUUGACGAGAUUGAUGGUUUAGCACCUGUUAGGUCUAGCAGACAAGAUCAGAUUCAUAGUUCUAUUGUUUCAACGUUGUUAGCUUUAAUGGAUGGCUUAGAUAGCAGAGGAGAAAUUGUAGUGAUUGGGGCAACAAACAGAAUAGAUUCAAUUGAUCCAGCUUUGAGAAGACCUGGAAGAUUUGACAGAGAGUUUUUGUUUCCAUUACCUUCACAAGAAGCAAGAAGACAAAUAUUGCACAUACAUACAAAGGAGUGGAACCCAAAAUUAUCUGAUCCUUUUGUGAGUGAACUGGCAGAAAAAACAGUUGGAUAUUGUGGUGCCGACUUGAAAUCACUUUGUACUGAGGCUUCAUUGUUGGCUUUGAGAAGAAGAUAUCCACAAAUUUACACAACAUCUGAGAAACUGCAAUUGGAUGUGUCUUCAAUAAAUCUUGCUGCUAAAGACUUCUUCAAUGCUAUGAAUACAAUUGUUCCAGCAUCUCAAAGAUCUGUGACCUCUCCAGCUCGUGCAUUGUCAAUGCGUGUUCAGCCUUUACUAAGAAAUAUUUUUAAACAAUGUAUUGAUGCAGUUCAAAAAGUGUUUCCAUCAGUUUUUUCACAGCUGUCUUGUCUAGAUGCUCCUGCCACAUCUAGUCAGCAGGAGUCAAGUACUAACUUGUUAGAUCAGCUGGACAGUGACGAAGAUGAAAAUGCACCUAGUAUAUAUGAAAAUAAGGGUAAAGGAAAAAAGAAGAAAGAAGACAAUGAAACAGAAACAUUUUUAAGUUUUGCAAGUUAUGCCAGCAAGACACCAACAACACACAGACCAAGAAUGUUAUUAGCUGGCCAACCAGGACAAGGGCAGACAACUCAUUUAGCUCCAGGAAUUCUUCAUAACAUGGAACAAUUACCUGUUCAUGUUCUUGAUCUUCCCUCACUUUUUGCAGUCAGUACUAAAACUCCAGAAGAAUCAUGUGCUCAGGUUUUCCGUGAGGCAAGGCGUACUGCACCCAGUAUUAUUUACAUGCCUGAUAUCGAGCAGUUAUGGAGUGUUCUAACUGACACAUUACGUGCAACAUUUAUGAUGAUGUUAAAUGAGUUAGAUCCAACUGCACCAAUUCUUCUUUUAGCAACAAGUGAAUGCCAUUACAGUAUGCUUGGGGAACAGUUGACACAUAUCUUUGACGCCAACUUUAGCCAAGUCAUUAAGAUGGCUUAUCCAUCAGAGGCUGAAAGAAGAGAAUUUUUCAUAGAUAUAUUGUUAAAUCAAGCAGUGCAGCCUCCAUCUCAAAGGAAGCAAGCUGAUUUUCAGAAUUCAGACUGUCCAAAUAGUUUUGGUAGAGCAAAAAGAUUUUUAGAAAUUUUACCAAAGGCUGCACCACCAGAACCAAGGAAAUAUUCAGCAAGGGAAUUGGAGAAGAUUUAUGAACAAGAAGAAACUACACUCAGGGAAUUACGUCUGUUUCUCAGGGAUGUUCUCAACAAAUUAGGCAGAGACCGAAAAUUCCAUCUCUUUGCUAAACCUGUUGACACAGAGGAUGCUCCUGAUUAUUAUGAAAUUAUUAAACAUCCUAUGGACUUAGAAACAAUGAUGUCAAAAAUAGAUCUACAUCGCUACCAAACUGCCAAAUCAUUUCUUGAUGAUAUAAGCCGUAUUUGCUUAAAUGCUUUAGAAUAUAACCCAGAUAAAACUCCUGCAGGUCGAGCAAUCAGACAUAGAGCUUGUGCUUUGAAGGAUACAGCUGAGGCAAUAUUAAAAGUAGAACUUGAUCCUGAGUUUGAAGCACAGUGUCAAGAAUUGGUUAAUUCAAGAAAGAAUAGAGGUAUAGAUCCACAACAAUCUGCCCCAAACUUUUACCAUACAAAACCAUUGCAAUCCACAUCUACAUCUUAUAAGCCAUUCACAAGUAAUCCUGAUAAUAGAUCAAGAACAAGUCGUAGGUUGAGAGGAUUGGAUAUAGAAAACACAUCUCCUUUAGAACAUGUAGAAAAACAAUGGGCUGCAGAAAAAAGUAUAAGAAAGGGAUCACCAGAAAAGACACCAGAAAAAAGAGACAAUUCUGCAAGUGAUGGUGAAGCUGUAAUAAAACAGCUUACAUCUUCAAAAAAGAAACAGCUUUCUUGUAGAAAAGCAUUUUCAGGUGAUGACUGUUCAAGAUCAGUAAAAAAACCACUAGCUAAAAAAGAUAUAUGGGGAAGUUCAGGUUACAGGUCAAGGAGAAAAAAAAGAAAUCCAUUGUCUGCAUCUCCAAGUAAAGAUUCUCAGUUUUCAGAUUCAGGAGUGAAGGACUCUAGAUUUUCAGAUACAGAUGACUAUGAUGUGUCCGAAGUUAUUGCUAAUUGCAACUCAUCACCUGUUUCAAAAACCUCAGCGAAAUCACCUGAACAGGAGGAAAAAUCUUCAGGGAGAAGAAAUUCUGUGUCCUCAACAGGGAGACGAAGCUCAAUUUCAAGUAGAUCUCGUGACCGUUCAAAAGACCGGUUUGAAUCACCUCAUCGUCAAUCUUCAUCAAAAUCACCAACACGAAACACAUCAGGGAAAUCAUCAGAUAGAAGGAGAUCAAAAUCACCUGAUCGACAAUCAACAUCAAAAGAAUCAAGUGGACAUCCCACUCUAAAAAAACAUACACCAUCAUCUCAGAAAGGGGGUGAAAAGAACUUAGAAUUAUCUGUAGUAGUAGAAAACAUAUUGCCAAAUAAGUCAGGGAAAAUGUCACCGAGGGUAGGUACAACUAAACCAAUGGAGACAGACAGUGGAAUCAGUAGUUCCGUUGAUAGUAAUGGAGAUUCUGUUGAUAGUGUUGAACAUGCCAAGUUAAUAGCCAGUCAGAAAUUGAAUACAUCUCAGGAAGCUGCUACCUCAAAGCAAGACAGUGAAGAUGAAAAAGUUACAUCACCUAAAUUCAGGGCUACAAGGUCACGCCUACAAACAGAAGAUCAUGAACAUGCCUUACAGAUUCUAGAGGAAGAAGCAAUGCCAGUUGUAGUUGACUUAGAACGUUUGAAUAAACUUCUAGAUAAUACAGUUGCAUUGACAAAGAACUACAGAAUUGAGAAGUUAGAGAAAUUGUACAGUCUUUAUAGUAACUGUAUUUAUUGCUAUCGACAAGACCAUGAUAAAACAUCAAUGAUUGAAGAGAUGGAAAAUAUACUACAGAGACAGCUUGUAUGAAAGAAGUUGAUGCUAAACUAUAUGAAGAUUGCUGGCUUUAUAUUCUAACUGUUAAUGAAAUUCAUUUAAGAUUUAAUUUAUUAUUGGAUAGUACUAUUUAUUCUGUGCAGUAUUGAAGAAGUUUACAACUAGUCCAUAUUUAUUUUAAAUGUGAAAAAAGGCUCUCAGUUGAGUUGAGUGAAAAAUUCUCUAUCAAAUUUUUUCUUCAUAUUUGUACAAAUUGAUGUUUAUUUUUUCAUGUGAAAAGUCAUUGUCGACUUUUUAAUGGGUGGAACAAAAUGUUCCCUUUUUUUUAGAUUAAAAAAAGGGUACCUGGUAAAGAUGACAAAACCAAUAUUUCCAAUUAUUAUUUCCCCUGAUGAACCAUCUCAAAAUUAUUUUUUUUAAUUAAAAAUCAGUUAGAAGAUCCAACAAGUUAAAAUAAUUUAAGACUAGAAAAUCAGUAGCUGUAAUGAAAGAACAUUUUUGAGAGAUAACUUUUGAAAGUUACACUGGUACAGCAUUUUUCAAUUAAAAUGUUUUUUUUCAGAAUGAACAUUUUUUUCAAGGUAACUGUUUGAAAGCAGAAAGAGUUUUUCCAUGUUGUUACAUUAUUUACUCAAGAUAUUUUGUUACAUGGUCGUGAAGUUUCAAGAAUUUGAGAGACAAUGACAUUUCACGUAGCAGAAGACACAUGUAUUUAUUCUCAAAAUUUGCAUUACAAAAAAUACAAAUCAGUUUUUUUUAGACAUGUCAUAGGGUUACUGAAAAAACUAUAAAAAAAUCUAAAUAUUAAUUUCCACACUUGUUGCAAAAUUCCUUAAAAGUUUUGGGUGUUUCUGAAUUAUAAAAAAAAAUGACAUUAAAUAGUUUUAUGAUUUUCUGCACAAAAGGCAAGUACAUUUAAUUAACUAUGAACCCAUUACUAAUAUACCUGAAGGAACAGGUGUGUUUGGGAUGAUAACAUCUAUUUCACUCAGAUUUUUACAUUACCUUUAGGUUAGGAUGUGAUAUAUAAAAAUGUAUCAAAUAAGGUGUCUAAAGAAGGUAAUUUUGUCACCAAAAAUUAGGCUCCUGUAAACGAAAUGUUUUGUUGCAAUUUGUUCUUGUGUCCAAAUCUGUAUAAAGCACAAAAGAAUAUAUGGAGACUGAUAAUGCUCACCACUUAAUGAUAUGUGGCAAUUGAUUGUACAUGAAACAAGGUUAAACUGAAUGCAAAAUUGUAGCUAUAAUUUUAUUUUUUUAUGAAAAUAUUUACAAAUUAAAAAAAAGAAAUAAAACUUUUUACAAUUGAUUUAUAUUCUAUCAUAAGUAAUUGUAUUAUAAUUACCUCUUUUGUUACUUAAAUGAAUUAAAUGUAAAUAGAACUAUUUAUUAGAUUUUUAAUUCUGUUUCUUGAAUAAGAAAGAUAAUUAUUCCUAAUUGCUGAAUUUGAUCUGUAGAGAACAAAAACAAACAAUUUUAUUCAUGUAUUACAACCUUAUUGUCAAAGUUUGAAAAAAACCCACUAAAUUUGAACUCAGGUAAAAGAUAUUUCUCAGUAGCAAUGCUGACAAAUAUUUAAUUAGCUCACUUACAGCAGAAGAAUUGAAAUUUACAAAAUACCAUGCACUUGUUUAACCCCUUCACCACCAUGUUCAUAUUUAUACAAGCAUAUUUACAAUGUUUGGAUGUCUUUUAGGGUUCCUUAGACAUCUAAUCAUCAAUAAUUCAAUUUUGGAUGUAAUGCAUCUUCUGAUUGGCAGACAUUGUUUUGUUUUCAGCUCAAAGACAUAAUUUUUUCAUGGUUUACUUGGGUUUAAAAUGGAAUUUAGAAUUAAAAUAAAAGAAAUGACUUAUAUUCCUUUUCGUCUAUUGAAAAUAAAUUAAAAAUGUGGUGCACCCUUUAAAAUAACCCACUACGCAGGUUAUUCAGUGUGCACCACAUUUUUGAUGUUAUUUCUUCAUAGAUAGAAAAAAUAUUAGUCAUUCCUUGAAUACUUAAAUAAAUUGAUUGCUUCGUUUCACUUAUUUAUCAUUUGUCAUAGAAUGUUAUGCAAACAACCAUCAGGCAUUUAUUUACAUCAGUUAAUUUUUAUUUUCCCCUAUUUUGCACAAAAAGGAUAAUAGAUUUUGUAUAAAUGUGUUGGUAGUUUAGGGGUCUUUACAAUUUUAUUUCACAACGAAUGUACAGCUUAUUUUACAAACAUGUAGUUAAUAAUUUGAACAAAAAUUGUUUAUGGAUUCAUCUGUUCAUGAAAUCUUAUAUGGUAAUUACUUAAAAGGGUGUGAAAAUCACAGGUUGAAAGAAUUUACAAGCUAACAUGAUCACAAUUAACUAUAUACUUCAGAAUAUGACAAUGUACAUUUUCACAUCAUAUUUACAUUUUGUUUUGUUUUAUUUUACUCCAAAAGUUACAAAAUAUAUUUUCUUGUAUAGUGUACAUUUAAUUUAAAACUAUUUAAAUAUUGUAUAAAUAAAUUAUUACAAAAGUU